AUGCUAGCCAUUCGUCGAGUCGCUCCUACCAUUGCAAAGUCGUGUCGUUCCUUGUCCACUGUGGUGCACCACAUCCAUCCUGUUAUGGAUACAGCAACAGCAAACACCAAUGACCGAGAAUUAACGCAAUGUGAAAAGGACAUUAUCUCUCCCAUGAUUCGCGUUGAUCAAUCUGGAGAGGUAGGCGCCUACUACAUUUAUAAAGGCCAAAUUGCAGUACUAGGAGGUGACCCCAAAUUGCGACCUUUGCUAGAGAUGAUGUGGGACCAAGAGAAGCAUCAUUUGGAGCUGUUUAGCGAUCUGGUAGGUGAGCAUCGUGUGAGACCGAGCUUAUUGAGACCCCUUUGGGAAGUAGCCGGGUUUGCUGUGGGUGCUGGUACGGCACUUUUGGGUAAAGAGGCUGCCAUGGCUUGCACAGAAGCAGUAGAAACAGUGAUUGGAGAUCAUUACAACGAGCAACUGAGAGAAUUGCAUGCACUCAAACAUCCCAACAAGCAAUUGGAUUACUUGUCCAAAACUGUGGCAAGCUGUAGAGAUGAUGAAUUGGAGCACCAUGAUAUUGCUGUGGAUCAUAAUGCCCGCCAAGCGCCUUUUCAUAGCCUGUUGAGUGCAGUGAUCAAACAAGGCUGCAAAUCAGCUAUUUGGGUAGCUGCCCGUGUUUAA